GAAAAAAUGCACCAUUUAUUGGUGCGAUUUCUGUUGGAAAUCCUUUCGAUAUUCUUGGGUCGAAUGUAUCACUGGAAAAUAAAAUUAUAGGAAAAAAUAUUUAUUCUGCAUCUUUAGCAAAUAACCUUAAAAAUAGUUUUGCCGCGCAUGAACACAUCCUAAAAAAACACCCAAAAAUUGAUUCUGCUUACAUUAUGUCGGCACGUUCAAUUCGGGAAUUUGAUGACAGAUGUACGCGUAUAAUAUUUGGUUAUGAUACAGUAAAUGAUUAUUAUCGAGAUGCUAGUUCAUCCCGUUUUGUAACUAAGGUUCGAGUUCCAUUACUUUGUCUCCAAGCUGAAGAUGAUCCAGUUUCAGCCCGAGAGUGGGUUCCAUAUGAUGAAUGCAGGUUUAAUCCAUACGUGAUUUUAGCUACAACUUCACAUGGAGGACAUCUUGGUUGGUUUACUAAUUUUUGGCAUCCAACACGCUGGUGCAUAAAACCAAUAACCGAAUUUUCAAUAGCUAUUAUUGAGGCGGAAAAUUACAAUCAAAAAGAAUUGGAAACAUCAUCGUAA